AUGGGGAAGAAAGGGAGCGCGCCCCUCGAGGGCCACAUCAGCGGUCAAGCAAAUAAGCCGCUUUCACUACCUGCCCAUAGUCUGAAGCUUGCGCAAGUUGUGGACGAACUGAGAACCGAAACAUGGUCUGGACUGGAUGAUGCUGAGGCGAAACGCCGUGUCGAAGAAUAUGGCCCCAACGAGCUUGAGGCAGCAGAGGGAGUAUCGCCUGUAAAGAUUCUUAUCGCUCAAGUUGCGAAUGCUAUGACACUGGUGCUGAUACUCGCAAUGGCUGUGAGUUACGGUAUCAAAUCUUGGAUUGAAGGCGGAGUCGUCACAUUCGUCAUUCUGCUCAACAUUGCAGAGAAGACAAUGGAUUCUCUGCGAUCUUUGAGCUCGCCAACCGCUCGUGUCAUUCGAAAUGGACAACAAGUUACAGUGCCAUCCGCAGAAAUCGUUCCUGGCGAUGUCAUCGAGAUCAAAACUGGAGAUACCCUCCCAGCGGAUAUCAGAGUAUUCGAUGCCGUCAAUUUCGAGACAGACGAGGCCCUUUUGACCGGAGAGUCCCUCCCAGUACGCAAGGCCGAAGAUGUCACAUUCCCCGAGAAGACAGGGCCUGGCGACCGCCUGAAUAUCGCCUAUAGUUCAUCUAACGUGACGAAAGGACGGGCGAAAGGUAUUGUAUUUGCCACAGGUACUUUUACCGAGAUCGGUGCCAUCGCCGCUCAGUUGCGCGAAACGAAAUCCAAGGUCCGACCUGUCAAACGCAAGGAAAACGGAAAAGCAAAGCCACAUAGGUACCUGGAGGCAUACACACUCACUUUCACCGACGCAAUUGGCCGAUUUCUGGGCUUGAAUGUAGGCACGCCUCUCCAACGUAAACUGUCAAAGCUUGCUAUGUUGCUCUUUGGUAUCGCUGUAGUAUGCGCCAUCAUCGUACUAGCGGCCAACAAAUUCAGCUCAAGACAAGAGGUCGUCAUCUAUGCGGUGGCUACUGGUCUAUCUAUGAUCCCUGCAUCGCUAGUGGUUGUUCUCACAAUCACCAUGGCAGCUGGCACUAAGAGCAUGGUCAAACGCCACGUAAUUGUGAGGAAUCUGAAGUCACUCGAGGCCUUGGGCGGGGUGACGGAUAUAUGUAGCGAUAAGACUGGCACCUUGACCCAGGGCAAGAUGAUCGCUCGCGGUGCGUGGAUGCCGGGUGUGGGUACGUACACGAUCGAAGACUCUACGGCGCCUCAGGACCCCACUGCUGGUAGUGUGCGGUUCUAUCCCGAUGCGCCUCUCAAGAUGGAUAUCAAGGCUGGCGGAGCUGCUUGUGGUGACGCCAUUUCUUCAGACAAGCUCAGUUCCCAGACCAACGAAGGCGUUCAGGAGUUCCUGAACGUUGCGUCGUUGGCCAAUCUCGCUGCUGUUAAGAAGAAGGAUGACGGGGCUUGGGAAGCCCACGGUGACCCGACCGAGAUCGCUAUUCAGGUGUUUGCCGCCCGCUUUGGCAUGAUCCGCAACAGCCUCACGACCGGUGAUGCCGCUCAAUGGACUGACCUAGUCGAGCUUCCAUUCGACUCCGAUGUCAAGCGUAUGUCAGUCAUCAUGGGUCAUUCCAGUGGCAAGCAGUAUGCUUUCACCAAAGGUGCCGUCGAGCGUGUUAUCCAGAGCUGCACCACCUAUUUUCCCAAAGAUGCAUCUGAAGCUAGCGAUAUUACGCCUUUCCGUGACGAGAUCUUGCGUAAUAUGGAGACACUGGCCAGUCUCGGUCUUCGUGUUUUGGCUCUAGCCAGCAAGGAGUAUCAUGGAAAGGCUGAGAAGGGUGGCGAGGUUGAUCGCGCAUCCGUCGAAUCCGAUAUGGUAUUCCGCGGCUUGAUUGGUCUCUACGAUCCUCCUAGGCCUGAGUCGGCUCCCGCUGUACGACAGUGUCAUGAGGCAGGUAUUGAGGUUCAUAUGCUCACAGGCGAUCACCCCGAAACUGCGAAGGCCAUCGCGAUCGAAGUUGGUAUCUUGCCUUCAGCCGAUCGCAUAAGGCGCAUGGCUAGCGACGUUUCCAAGUCCUUGGUAAUGACUGCGACUGAAUUUGAUGAUCUGUCGGACGAUCAAGUCGACGAGCUUCGCAUUUUGCCCUUGGUUGUGGCAAGAUGCGCGCCUAGUGACGGUGUUAACGAUUCACCCUCUCUCAAGCGCUCUGAUGUCGGUAUCGCUAUGGGACAAGCAGGCUCAGACGUUGCCAAAGAGGCCUCAGAUAUCGUCUUGACCGACGAUAAUUUCGCAUCAAUUCUAGCUGCAAUCGAAGAAGGUCGUCGUAUCUUCGAUAACAUCCAGAAGUUCGUGCUCCACGUCCUCGCUGAGAACGUCGCACAGGCUGGUACUCUCCUUGUGGGACUCGCAUUCAAAGAUCGCACUGGACUCUCCGUGUUCCCUCUAGCACCUGUUCAAGUAGUCUGGAUCAUCAUGGCAACGUCUGGUCUUCCUGACAUGGGCCUUGGCUUCGAACGAGCUGUGCCCGACAUCUUGCAACGCCCACCACAAUCACUCAAGACUGGUAUCUUCACCAUGGAAUUUCUCGUCGAUAUGGUCGUGUAUGGCCUCUGGAUCACUUUACUGUGUCUUGCUAGCUUCGUGCUAGUCGUGUUUGGCUUCGGUGACGGAGAGCUAGGAGAAGGCUGCAACGAGCGUUACAGCGACUCCUGCGAGCUAGUCUUCCGUGCGCGCGCCACAACGUUUGCAUGCUUGACAUGGUUCGCCCUGUUUCUCGCAUGGGAAAUGAUUGAUAUGCGCCGGUCCUUCUUCCGCAUGCAGCCCAACUCGAAGCGCUACUUUACUCAGUGGGCCAUUGACAUUUGGCGCAAUCAGUUCCUCUUCUGGGCGGUUGUCGCUGGUUUUGUCACGCUGUUUCCCCUCAUCUAUAUCCCGGUUCUUAACACGGUUGUGUUCAAACAUGCACCGAUCGAUUGGGAAUGGGGCAUCGUCUUUGUCGCAGCCGGUUUGUUCUUUGCUGGUGCUGAGACGUGGAAAUGGUGCAAGAGGAUUUACUUCCGACGCCAGGCACGCAGCCAGACCGGUAAGGUGGACAAGAACAUGGACAUUGAAGAUCGCAUCUUCGGUCGUUAUUACAGCACAGAAUCUGCUGCUUCUCAGGACGGUAUGCAAGAGAAAGUCUAGUCGGGGCACGCGUUGGUAGGAGUGGGUUUUCGGAGGAGAUAGCCAUGGCAAAACUGUGGAAAGCGAACAGGGACAUCCAAUAGCCUGAAGCUAUACAGAAGACCCCUUCAGAGAUAUUGUGUAUAUCCUCAGGCUAUCAGAUGGGUUACCUGCUGUUGCACACUAGUCGCUGUCCGUCGUAGGCGAGAGCCUAUAGUAGAGGCUCAGGGCGCAUUGUGCGGUCGUUUCAUUCUUUUGGCUUCUUACACGCGGCAUCCCAACAUGCAUAGUUAUCGUGGUUUAUUCAACAUCAAAUCACAGCAAAAGUAGUUCAAAGCAGAUAGAAUCAAUAAGUUCGUUUAUCGUACUC